UGCAAACAACAUAAUGGAGACCCAAAUUCUGCAUCCAGCACUUCAGCCUGAAUGGAACCUAGAAGAUAUACGCAUGGUCUUCUUCAAAUGCACUAGAUGGCAAGUGGAAGAAACUCUGGAUCCAAUCAACUGCCCCUUUCAUUACUUCUGCGACAGCGUUUAUCCCGGGAAUUAUCCGUCGAUCGUUGAUGUUCUUGUUCUUCUCCUUUCGACUGCUUCAUAUGUGCCCACAUUAAUCAUGAUGUUGAUGGAUAUAUCAAAAAGAGGGCGGCCUUGUCUAAGUCAGUCCAAGAGACUGUUGCUGCCUUCAGGUCCACUGUUACUCCCACUAAUCCUAUUGGCACUCGCCAAGGGCUUACGAAUCAGCACAUUGUACCCUCUCCCAUGCAUUGCUCCGGCUAUUCUUCAACUAGUUCAAAUUUCAUCUCUCGCCUUUGACACUGGAGUCGACAAGGACCCUAGGUACGCAUUCUUGGAAGCUUCCACCAUUUCAGGGAUUUUGCAUGCGAGUGUAUACCUGGAUUCAAUCAUCCUACCUUACUACACAGGCAUUGAUGCUUUAGCAUCAUCGACGUUCUCCGGCGAGUGCCUGUCUUGCGUGUGUCGUAAAAAAGUUUUAGUUGCGGGAGGGAAGUUGAUCACGUAUCGGGGAUUAUCAGUUACGACAUUUUGUGUCAUGGGAACUUUGUGUUUAAGGAUUAUUUGCAGGUUGUCAACAGAGAGCAAAGGGCUUUCCUCAGCUGUCAAGUCCCUGUUGGAGUGUUUAGCUUGGAUCUUGAUCACCAAAGAUAGCAUUUAUUUGGUAGCCUACUCUCCGCCGGAACAACCACUGCUCCGGGCUGCUACUUUUGGGGGCAUAAUUGUAUUAAUUUGCCUUCAUGGCCUCAACAAGUUAUGCAUACGAAUUACGCAAUGGCAUCGGUGAGAUUGAAGUGAUUUGUAUGGUACAUGAGUGUGGGUUUCUCAUUAAGCGACUUCUUCUGCGGAAGAUUUGUCUCGUUGCCAUUAGCCGUAGAAGUAGUCAACGAGAGUUUAGAUGGUUGAGGUUCGAUGAUUCGAUCAAAGAUUCA